AUGCCCCUCUGGAACCCGAGCCAGGGCCACGUCCACCCGAUGCUGCAGUUCGCCAAGCGUCUCGCGCACCACGGCCUGCGCCCCACGCUCGCAGUCACGCGCUACAUCCUCGCCACCUGCACGCCCGACGCCGCAGCAAUCGGUGCGGUCCGCCUCGCCGCCGUCUCUGACGGCUGCGACACGGGGGGAUUCGGCGAGUGCGACGACGUCACGGCCUAUCUCUCCCUCCUGGAGUCCGCCAGGUCGGAAACUCUCUGCGAGCUCCUCCGGGCCGAGGCGGCGGCGGAUCGCCCAAUCCGUGCCGUGGUGUACGACGCACUCCUGCCGUGGGCACGUGGCGUGGCGCAGCAGCACGGCGCCGCCGCUGCCGCCUUCUUCACCCAGCCGUGCGCCGUGAACGUGGUUUACGGACAUGUGUGGUGCCAGCAUGUCGGCGUGCCGGUCAAGGCCGGCGCCACGGUCGCCCUCCCGGGCCUACCGGCGCUAGAGCCGGAGGGUUUGCCGUGGUUUCUCAAGGUCGGCCCCGGCCCCUACCCGGCCUACUUCGAGAUGGUGAUGAGCCAGUUCAAGGGGCUGGACCUAGCCGACGACGUGCUGGUCAACUCUUUCUACGAGCUGGAGCCUCAGGAGGCGGCGUACAUGGCGUCGGCGUGGCGCGCGAAGACAAUCGGUCCAACGGUGCCGGCCUCCUACGUCCGCGAUGACCGGCUCCCAUCGGACACCAAGUACGGCUUCCACCUCUUCGAGCUCACCGCCGCGCCCUGCAUCUCCUGGCUGUCCACCCACCCGCCCCGCUCCGUUGUGUUCGCCUCCUUCGGCAGCCUCUCGGACCUGGACCCAGCGGAGAUGCGCGACCUCCUCGACGCCGGACACCCGUUUCUCUGGGCUGUACGGUCCUCCGAGUCGAUGAAGCUCCCCGCCGGCUAUGCCGAUGCCGUCGCGCCGUGUGGCGGGAUGGUGGUGUCGUGGUGCCCGCAGCUGGAGGUUCUAGCCCACCCGGCCGUGGGGUGCUUCCUCACGCACUGCGGGUGGAACUCGACAUCGGAGGCGCUGGUCACCGGCGUGCCGAUGGUGGCGCUGCCGCAGUGGACGGACCAGCCGAUGAACGCCAAGUACGUGGAGGCCGUGUGGAAGGUAGGCGUCCGGGUGCGUCCGAAGGCCGAGGACGGGCUCGCGUGGAGGGAGGAAGUGACGAGCGGCAUCCAAAAGGUGAUGGCCGGCGAGAGGAGCGGCGAGUACAGGAGGAACGCUGCCGCGUGGGCGGAGAAGGCCAGGGCGGCCAGCAGGAAGGGUGGGAGCUCCGACCGGAACAUCGCCGAGUUCGUUGCCAAGUAUUCGUCCCAGUGA